ACGCACCGGCUCUGUUCGGCUCUAACGGCACUGAGUGCUGGCUCUGGCCCAGGCUACAGCCAUGCCUCUUCUGGAAGAAACUACUCUACCGCAAGAGCACCUGCCUACUCUACCUGUAGUUAUCAUAGGCAAUGGACCAUCGGGUAUUUGUCUGUCUUACCUGCUGAGUGGAUACAAGCCUUACUUAGACACUGCAACUGUUCACCCAAAUUCCAUUCUGUACAGAAAACUACAGGAGUCCAAACACCUCCCCAUCACCGAACAGGAUUUGGAAUAUUUGAGUGAAGGUCUUGAAGGGCGAUCAAGGAAUCCCGUGGCUGUGCUAUUUGAUACAUUGCUACACCCCAAUGCUGACUUUGGGUACGAAUUCCCUCCUGUACUUCAGUGGAAGAGAGAUAAGAAGCAGCACAUCCCACAUCUGGUUCUGGGGAAGGGAACACCAGGGGGGGCUUGGCAUGCAAUGGAGGGCUCCAUGUUGACAAUUAGUCUUGGCAUCUGGAUGGAGCUUCCAGGGGUCAACUACAGAGACUUGACCAAUGGGAAACACAGGGACGUAACAAGUGACAGAGCCACCCCAGAGGAGAUUUCAUCCUAUUAUCGUGGCUAUGUGAAGCUAAAGGGUCUCCAAAAAAGUUUUGUUGACAACACCUACGUGACCUCUGUCCAGAAACUUUGCCGGGGGCAUGAGGUGAAAGUUUUGGAAAAAGAGCACACUGAUAAAGUAGACAAAGGGUUGGGAAAUGGUGGGAAUGGGAGCCUUGAGGAAAAUGGAAAGGAGUGCGUAAAGAAUGUUGGAGGGGGAACUCUAUGGGAAGUAAGGGGAUAUCAGCAGGUUCAGAAUGAAACUCAUGUCCCCUUCUCUCUGUUUGCUGAGAACCUAGUCCUAGCCACUGGUGCAUCCGAUUCACCAGUUCGGUUAGGUGUAGAGGGGGAGGAUCUACCUUUUGUUUUCCACAGCAUCUCCAACCUGGGCUUGGUUCUGAGCCAGAGAAAACUGGAUGUGAACUCUGAUCCGGUUUUAAUUGUAGGUGCUGGUUUAAGUGCUGCGGAUGCAGUUCUGUGUGCCUGUAACAGCAACAUUAGAGUGCUGCAUGUUUUCCGAAAGAGUCUAGACAACCCAGACCUCAUCUUCAAGCAGCUGCCCAAGACCCUGUACCCAGAAUACCACAAAGUGCACAACAUGAUGUGUUCACAGACCUACACCAACGUGACUCCUUCAUCUGCUCCUAACAGACCCCAGGCAGUCAGCAUCGCCUCCUCAGUUUGUGCCAAGAUGUGCCCCAAACCCCAGCUUCCUGCAGGUAACACCACAGCAGGUGCCAAAGUCAGCCUCUUCCCUGACUACACCAGUUUCCCCGAACAUUGUGUGGUGUCAUUCCAGUCGGAUAUGAAGUGUUUGCUGCAGGGGAAAAACUCCCUGAAGGCAGUCAAGGUCUCCAUGGCCCUGGUUCUGAUUGGGACCAACCCAAACUUGUUUUUCUUGAAAGGCCAGGGACAGUACUUGGGUCAGGAUCCAACAAGGCCAAUAUCCUGCAAGCAAAACCUCAUCGACAUCAACCCUUACACCUUUGAGUGCAUCAAGGAGCCCGGGCUGUUCGCCAUGGGACCGUUGGUGGGAGACAACUUUGUUCGCUUUUUAAAAGGCGGAGCGUUGGGGAUCACUUCCUGUCUGCUGAAGAGGCUCAAGAAAAGAGAAAAACUCAUCACUAAUGGAGGGAAUGACUUCAUCUGA